AUGCAGUCGUUUAUAUCAGUAACGUUGGCCCUCUUCUUUUUCUUUGGUGCAUUGGAAGCUCGCCCUUAUCCGAUGAACUAUAAUCCUCAACAAGACUUUGUUUCAAGAACCAUCACAGUUGAUAAGCAUGGCCGAGGUGAUUUUGCCUCUGUGCAACAAGCCAUUGAUUCUAUACCAUCAAAUAAUUAUGUGUGGACUCGUAUCCACAUCAACUUUGGCAUCUACGUGGAAAAAGUUGAAAUCCCUCAAGACAAACCAUAUAUUAUUCUUGAAGGAGACCCAAAUCACUUCCCUGUGAUUGAAUAUGGAUCGGAUGCUGGAGAUGUUGUUAAGAGUCCCGCAUUUAAGUUAUAUGCAGAUAACUUUGUGGCACGCAAUAUAGUAUUCAAGAACACAUAUAACCGUCUUCUUCCACCAAAGGACGGCCGUGGACGGAAAAUGGCUCAAGCACCGGCAGCUGCAAUAUAUGGAGAUAAAGCAAGCUUUUAUCAAUGUCGUUUCCUUAGCGUGCAAGAUACAUUGGCAGAUAUCCAAGGUCGUCACUAUUUUUAUGACUGUUAUAUUGAAGGCCGUGUAGACUUUAUUUGGGGCUUCGGUCAGUCCAUCUAUGAGAAAUGUCAGAUAAAUUCACUAGGUUCGGGCUAUAUCACAGCGCAGGGUCGUGAUAGCGCAUACAACGCUACUGGUUUCGUGUUCAAAGAUUGUUAUGUAUACGGAUCAGGUCCUACAUUGCUGGGAAGAGCAUACAGGCCUUACGCUAGAGUGUUGUUUGUUGGAACUUAUAUGGAAGAUAUCAUUAAGGCAGAGGGUUGGAUCGCACCAUGGAAUAAUGGUCAAGAUUACUUGACUGCGUUCUCGGAGGUGGAUUGCAAAGGACCUGGGGCAGAGUUGUCCAAACGUGUACCAUGGGAGAAGAAGCUAUCAGCUGAGGAAGUGUCUUAUUUCAGUAAUGCAGCUUCUUUCAUAAACCAAGAUGGAUGGAUGCAAAAACAACCCAAAUAA